UAGGAGAGGAUUUGUUAGGUUGAAAUCGAAGGCAUCUUCUUCCGGCGUCCGCUGCUGUAGGCAGUCUCCACCCUUCUCGGUUCUUCUAUUUCGCCUCCGCCUUCUGCUCCAUCGACGUGGUUCCGUGCCCGAUCGAAAUCCUCUUGUUUCUCCGCCGGCGAGAUGCCUCGGUACUAUUGCGAUUAUUGCGAUACUUACUUGACUCAUGAUUCUCCAUCUGUCAGAAAGCAACACAAUGCUGGCUAUAAGCACAAGGCAAAUGUCCGCUCUUACUAUCAGCAAUUUGAGGAGCAGCAAACCCAAAGUUUAAUUGAUCAGAGAAUCAAGGAACAUCUAGGCCAGGCUGCAGCGUUCCAAGUUGGCGCCACCUUUAACCAACAUCUCAUGACCAUGCCAGGGGCCCGACCCCCUCUUCCAUUUUUAAUGCCUCCUAUUUUACCUGUUGGAGCAUCGCCUCAGGUUCCUAUGACAGCACCACUUCUACCAGGGGUCAGACCCCCAGUUUUGCCGCUUCCAGUUGGUGCACCAGGUUAUGGAGCUGUUCCUACAGUUGCUGCGCCCCCACCUACAGUCGUACCACCAGGUGCACCAACAUCGGCACCAACUCAGAGUAGUCUACCAAGGCCGCCCACAUUAGCACCGCCCAUUUCAGGGGCCGUGACAAUGCCAACCACCAGUACUUCUGCACCAGCUUUCUACCAGGGCAAUCCGUCAUCAAGCGCAUCGACAAACUUUGAAUCCUUUACUACUGCACCGUAAGACCUACGGACAAGGUUAUUUCCAGAAACCUGGCUGAGAUAUGAACUGUGGAUUUUAUAUGCUCUUUAUUUUGAUUGUGUCUUGCAUCUGACAGCCUCAUCCAUAGACUCAACUUAAUGCACCCAAAACAGUGUUAGAUUAGAAGAGAAUUAGUCUGGUUACUCAUCUGAUUUGGUAAUUUUAGUACAAUGGCUUUCCUUUUAAAUCUGUCUUCCAAUUGUCGUGGCCUAAAUAAAUGCUGAGUGUUGAUAUUACAACAUCAUCGUAAAUUUGCUCCUGAGA